GCGCUCGCCGGCCCGCGGGCGCCUACGGGGGCGCCUCUCGGAGCCCCGAGGAGUGUCAGGCGCCUGGGGGCCCCAGGACUGCGUUGUAGUUGCGCUUCGUGCGGGCUCCGCGUUCAGUCGAGUGCUCGGCUGUCCACUGGAUUUGCCGUGCAAGGACUUAGCUCAGCAAGCAAAAGAAAAACUGAACAAAGGAGAGGAAAUCACCAAAGACACCUUUGGAAGCACUGAAUGUGGCAAACUAAGGACAAUGGAUCUCAAGUUCAGCAACUCCAGGAAAUAUAUUUCUAUAACUGUCCCAUCCAAAACCCAAACAAUGUCACCACACAUCAAGUCAAUAGAUGACAUUGUCGUACUUGGCAUAAAUCUUAGCAGAUUUAACAAACUUACUCAAUUUUUCAUUUGUGUUGCUGGAGUUUUUGUAUUUUACCUCAUUUAUGGAUAUUUACAGGAAUUAAUAUUUUCAGUGGAGGGCUUUAAGCCCUAUGGCUGGUACCUUACUUUAGUACAGUUUGCAUUUUACUCCAUAUUUGGCCUAAUAGAACUUCAGCUUAUACAGGACAAAAGGAGAAGAAUACCAGGAAAAACCUACAUGAUAAUAGCUUUUCUAACUGUGGGUACUAUGGGGUUAUCAAACACUUCCUUGGGCUACCUGAAUUACCCUACCCAAGUCAUCUUCAAGUGCUGCAAGUUGAUUCCUGUUAUGCUAGGAGGAGUGUUUAUUCAAGGCAAGCGUUACAAUAUUGCAGAUGUGUCUGCUGCCGUGUGUAUGAGCCUUGGUCUGAUAUGGUUUACCCUUGCUGACAGCACAAUUGCCCCCAAUUUCAAUCUUACAGGUGUGAUCCUCAUCUCCCUGGCACUGUGUGCAGAUGCCGUCAUUGGAAACGUCCAGGAGAAGGCAAUGAAACUGCACAACGCCUCUAACUCGGAAAUGGUUUUGUACUCAUAUUCAAUCGGCUUUGUGUACAUUUUACUGGGAUUGACAUGCACUACUGGAUUAGGCCCUGCGGUAACAUUUUGUUCAAAGAAUCUAAUUCGGACCUACGGUUAUGCUUUUCUUUUUUCACUCACUGGGUAUUUUGGAAUCUCCUUUGUUCUGGCUUUGAUUAAAAAUUUCGGUGCACUUCUUGCUGUAACAGUGACUACAGGAAGAAAAGCAAUGACCAUUGUACUUUCAUUUGUAUUCUUUGCUAAGCCAUUCACAUUUCAGUACAUAUGGUCUGGUUUGUUAGUUGUCCUUGGUAUAUUUCUCAAUGUUUACAGCAAAAAUAUGGAUAAAAUAAGACUACCAUCGCUCUGUGCUCUGAUACAGAAGACAGUGGAAGUGAAAAAAUCAAGGACGUUGGCACAGAAUGUAUAGGCGGGGAUUUCUGCUGUUUCACAGAAUUCUGAGGGACCGUUCAUCACCUAAUUAACUUUCCAAAGGGAUUGUCAUGAAAACCAAAGGAACUGACGGCAUGCUAGCCAUUCGUGACCGGGUCACAUACGAAGUCAGCCCUUUUCUUCAGAGCACUUGUUUGACUGCCUUCUGAAGCAGCCCAGAGAGCAGCCUCUGUCACACCUUAGAAUAACGUGUCAAUAGAAAAGACUCUAAUUAUGAACAGUUUAUUGAGAAUUUCACUGGAAAUGGACAUGUUGUAAGACUAAUAAGAUAUCAGUAAGGCGUGUCAGAAGAACUGAUAUGUAAUAGACUUUUGUCUUCAUUCCAUUUGGGUGGUGUUAUUUAAAUUGAUUCUCUGUUAUAAGAGUAAACUGAUGGUUUAAAAUCUAGAGACAGUAACUUCGUUAUAAAUAAAAAUUACUCUGAUUGUUUUUUAAA